UUUGGCUCUCGCUGUGGAGCGCUCGCGCCGGAGGUAAGAGCUCUUAGCUAGGUAGCGCGCUGCCAGGAAUGGGAUGAUCGCUCGCUCGCCAUGGCGGCAAUUCAAUGCGGCUACCUCGUCUCGUGCAAGGGAUGCGUGGAUUACGCAGUCCAUUCCAGGAACAGGACGCCGGUGGCUAGAGCAGCGAAUGGAGGAGGAGGAGGAGGGGAUGUUUUGGGUGUGGUGAUCAUUGGAGGCCGGAGGAGAGGCGAGCUUGGAACGAGCUUGUUUCGGAGGAUUCGGCUGGAAUGUAGAGCGGCCGGGUCGGGCCUCCGGAUUGGAGAGCAAAUCGAGACUGAUAGGUUGGCUCCAUCUGUGAGGGAGAGGACCAUGAAAGCGAUUGAUACGCUGGGUGGACGAGUGACAGUCGGGGAUGUUGCGACCAAUGCCGGGCUCAAAGUUAGCGAGGCUCAGAGCGCUUUGCAAGCUCUUGCUGCUGAUACUGGAGGAUUUCUAGAGGUCUCGGACGAAGGAGACGUGCUUUACGUGUUUUCCAAGGACUAUAGAUCGAAUUUGCUGGCGAAAUCUUUCCGGCUCAAGAUCGAACCAGCCUUGAGCAAACUUAAGGCUGGAGCGGAGUACUUGAUACGCGUCUCGUUUGGAACGACACUUAUUGCAUCUCUGGUGAUUGUUUACACAUCGAUCUUUGUGCUGCUUUCGUCUGCCCGGAGUGAAGAUGACAAUCGAAAUAAUCGAGGUGGCUAUAGCUCACGCGGAAGUGGAUUCUCAUUUUACGUCAGUCCAUUCGACUUGUUUUGGUAUUGGGACCCUUACUAUUAUAGAAGGAGGAAGAGAAGAACAGAUGGCAUGAAUUUCCUUGAAUCUGUGUUCUCGUUCGUAUUUGGAGACCCUGAUCCCAAUGAAGGACUGGACGAAGUUCGGUGGCAGGCGAUUGGAGAAGAAAUUGCUGCUAAAGGUGGCGUGGUAACUGCAGAAGAGCUUGCACCUUACUUAGAUGUCUCCGCCUUGGAUGAAAACAACAAGGACGAUGAGUCGUUUGUUUUGCCAGUUCUCUUACGAUUCGAUGGCCAACCUGAAGUCGAUGCUAGAGGAAACAUCGUGUAUCGCUUCCCAUCUUUGCAACGCACUGCAGCCAAUCAAGCUUGGAAAAGUCACAACGGUGACAGGCUCCAGUAUCUCCAAGAAGCUCCUCUUCCUUUCAGCCGAGCCAAGCAAACAGACCAAACUCUUGUUGUUGCGCUAGGAGCGUUCAAUCUACUCGGAGUCUUGACACUGGGUAGCUUGUUAAAGGACGCUGCCAUCACUGCUCAAAUGGGAGGGCUCCUCCAGUUCGUUUCAAAUGCAUUCCCAGUGCUACAGGCCUACACGGUAGCCUUCUUCGCGAUCCCGAUCUUCCGGUGGUUUCAAGUCCAACAGAAAAACACCAAGAUCGAGGGGCGUAACCUGGCGAGAAAGGAGAGAGCGCUGCGCCUGAGAGCUCCUGACGCGACCUUGCGCGAGAAGCUACGUAGUGCGCGGCGGCAAGCCGAAAGAACAAUCAUAGGGAAGGACCGCAUUGUUUACACAACCGAGAAGGAUUUGCUAGAGCAAAGUUACGAUGCUGCCGACUGGGACCGAAGGAUGGAAGAAAGGACAGGGAACAACUAAUAUGCGAAAACGAGAAUCUCUUUUUCCAUUAAACGAAAGCUUUCUCGUUCCA